UGCCUGUCGCCUCUUCUCGGCCAGGUUGAAAACGCCUUCCCGCCAGCCGUCUCCGACCUGCACAGGAGAGGGAAGCUGAGGACACAGAUGGUCUCUCUCCAGGCUGGAAGCGUGGUGGCGACGCUCAGGCUGACCGUGCAGGACCCCGAGUUCCCAGUGGGGGUCUCCACGCUGGCCCCCAUGCUCCCGCCUCUGCUGGCCAGCACCGUGUUCCAGAUCGAUCCGCGGGGGACGCUCGUGCAAGAUUGGGACGAGUGUGCAGACAGCCGGGGGCACGACUGCUCACCCGCUGCCCAGUGCAUCAACGUCGAGGGCUCCUACACCUGUCGGUGCCGGACGGCCAGGGACGCCAACCCCUCCCGCGCGGGCCGGGCCUGUGAGGGUGACGUGGUGAGCCCCACGGGAGGGGUGCUGGCUCCAGCAACAGGUGUGACGGCCCCAGCUCUCAGCACAGAGACAGCAGCCCCUGGCCCAGAGACAUCUGCCUUGUGGCCCAGCCCUGGGCACCCGGGGGGCACCCCUGCAGCAAAUCAGGCCCAGACCCCAGGGCCCCCACCCAGGAGAGGGGGCAGCGGCCUGGUCGGGAAGGACAAGAACAGCACGAGGCAAGGCCUGGAGGAGGGAGCACCCAGCAGGGCCCCAGGCCUGAUGACAGGCCAGUGGACAGCCAGCACAGCUCCUGGAGCAACCCACAGCUCCCCUUCUGGGCCCACGAAUGGCUCGCUGAGCACCCCUGGGUGGUUAUCGAGAGACUCGAGCACGGAGCGGCCCCUCUGGCCCAGUCCUACCGAGGGCCCCACGGACCACAUCGUCUGGCACGCCAGCCUCCCCACUGGGGACACAGCACCAGCAGCUCUGGACCCCACAAGGCCACAGAACUUGGUCCCCGGACCCUCCGGCUCCCCGGACCUUCCCUCGGCCCCCACCCCUGAGUCUCUGAAGCUUCCGGCCUGUGUCCCCGUCCCCAUCGAGAGGGUCACGGUGUCCAACGUGACCAGCACCAGCUUUCACGUGGCGUGGGCGGCGGGUCUCACCCCGCACCCCACCUUCCAGCUCACCCUGACCUCCCCGCGGAGCCCCGCGGUGCACCUGGAGACCCGAGACGCAAGCCUGACGCUGUCGGGCCUGGAGCCUGGCGUCCUGCACCUGGUGGAGAUAGCGGCCAAAGCUUGCGGGAACGGAAGUGCCAGGGCCCGCCUGAAAGUCAGGACAGCGGCCCAGAAGCUCAGAGGGAAAGUCAGAAUAGCCAACGUCAGGUACGUGGAGCCCUUCCGGAACACAAGCAGCAGGGAGUAUCAGGACUUCCUAGAGCUGUUCUUCAGGGUGGUGCGGGAUUCCUUGCCCGCCGCCAUGCUUCGGCACGUGGACGCCGGUGGGGUCCAGAUGGAGGUGACCCACGUCGCCAACGGCAGUGUCGUGGUGGAGUUUAACCUGCUGAUCAUCGCAGACGUGGAUGUCCGCGAGGUGUCUGCCGUGUUCCUCGUUGCCCUCCGGAACGCCUCUCUGCUGGAGGUGGUCGGCGAGGACACCUUCAUACAAGAUUACGACGAAUGUGACAGCCAGGAGCACGACUGUGAGCCGGGCGCGUCCUGCCACAACACCCUGGGCUCCUACACCUGCAGCUGCACGGGAGGAGCCCCCCACUUCCCUGUGGAAUUUUCGGGAAGAUCCUGUGACGGUGACUCUCCCGGAAACACAACCCAGGCUCCCGGCCCCCCUCUGGCCGCUGGCCCCGAGCAGGCCCCCACCCCGACAGGAACCGCGGCUGCCAUGGCACCAGGUGCCGGCCCGGGUCCCCGGGGCCUGCCCCCGCGACUGAACCUGACCGAGGCGGUCAGCGUGCUCUGCGACAUUGAGAAGGUGGCCAUCGCCGUCCAGAGGCGCUUCCUGCAGCAGGAGUCCAUCCCCGAGUCCUCCCUGUACCUGGGACACCCAUCCUGUAACGUGAGCGACCACAACAGCACGCACGUGCUCCUGGUGGCCGGGUGGAGCGAGUGCGGGACCGUCGUGCAAAGUAACGUGACGAGUACGGUGGUGAGGACCACCCUGAGGAACGACCUGUCCCCUGAGGGCAUCAUCCACCAUCUGAAGAUCCUGAGCCCCAUCCACUGUGCCUUCCAGAACGACCUCCUGACAUCGUCAGGCUACACCCCAGAAUGGGGGGUCUAUACCAUCAUCGAGGACCUCCAUGGUGCUGGCAGUUUUGUCACCGAGAUGCGGUUGUUUAUUGGGGACUCCCCUAUACCUCGAAAUUAUAGUGUGUCUGCCAGUGAUGAUGUCAAGAUCGAGGUGGGGCUCUAUAAACAGAAGAGCAACCUCAAGGUGGUCCUGACCGAGUGCUGGGCGACACCAUCCAGCAACGCCAGGGACCCGGUCAUGUUUGGCUUCAUCAACAACAGCUGCCCCAUCCCCAACACACACACGAACGUGAUCAAGAACGGGGACUCCAGCAAGGCCCAGUUUAAGCUGAAAAUCUUCUCCUUCAUCAACAACUCCAUCGUCUACCUGCACUGCAGGCUUCGUAUUUGCAUGGACUCCCCUGGAAGCACGUGCAAAAUAAAUUGCAACGAUGUCAAGUCCCCGAGAAGCAGCGAGGCAUCCACCAUACACCAGACAUCCUGGGGACCCCUCGUCCGGUCUGAAGGUGAGCGUCCAGGCGCGGAGCCGGGCCUGGGAGCCGGUUACCUGGUCCUCAUCGUGGUGGCCGUCUUCGCCGUGGUGGCCGGGGCGGCUGCCCUUGUCCUCGUGCACUACCAGAGAAUGACUGGCAAAUACAGCUUCAGAGCCGGGCCGGACGACUUCGGCUACCAGGUGUUCUCUGGGUAGGCGGUCCCGGCGGGCCCGCAGGUGGCUGUGAAUCAACCUCGGUUCUUAAUCCAUGAAGCAUCGACGGAAACCUGCUCUGUCCCACAUCCAGAGCUUGGAUGAGUCCCCGGGGGUGGUGAAAACACAGCCUCUGACUGACCCAGGAGACCCAUCGUCUGUGUAGGUCCCAGAUAAGCAAUGCCCACCAGGCGGAUGUAAGAGCUUUUGGAGUAGGAGGUGGGGUGAGGGGUAUGCCCCAGGCAUGGGGAUCUUCAAACAAGCUUGGAUCCAGCCUUGCCAUCACCCAGAUCACCUCCACCGCCCCAGAGCCCCCAGACUCUUUACCCUCCUAACUGGCUCAAGUGGUUUCAAAACCAGUCCUUUCUGGACCAGUCCUGGCUCAAAACCAGUCCUUUCUGGUUUUACUCACCACUGACAUCUGUCAACUGCCACUCAUCCCCCCAUCCACUCAGCCACGUAGCUACCCAUCCAUUCAGCCAUCCAGUCAUCCAACGCUCUGUCAUAUAUAUAUAUUUCACAUUUUCAAAGAUAUUUGACGGUGCACUUGGGAGUUCUUUUAACAAUAGGUGUCAUAAAUGCACUGCUAAUGUUAUUUUUAGUGGACAUAUAUGCUCUUUAACGUCUGCCUUUCCAGGACAUUGUUUUUAUUUACACAACAGAGACUCAAAAGACACUCCACUAAUAUGAAAAUCUUUAUAAGUAGAAAUAACAUUAUAUACAUACACAUACUCACUAUUUUAUAUUUUUUCCAAGUAUUUUCACAGCCAUUUAAAAAUAUAAUUUUACCCCAGGAGAGGUACUGUUUAUCCAUUGCACAAUGGGAAAGCAGAGAAGAAAUGGGUGAGUCAUUUUCAUAUGGCCACAAAAUGAAUUAAUAAGGAACUGGGUGUAGAAUCUAAAUUUUUACCUUAGAAUGUUCUCCAUUACACCAUACUGACGGAUUGUGCUUUUUUACUUUAUGUGAAACAAAUUGGAUUGUAUUCGAUAGCUAACACCUGAAAGCAUCGCGUUUUUCCUCGAUGAACUUAGAAUUACAAGGUGGUCAUGGUCUUUAAUUCAUGAGAUUACUUUUGUUGAAUGUAACUAAUUGGAGAUUAAUCUUGCUGAGUGUAACUAACAGCGAUUCGUAUCUGGAGAAUGCGAGUGUUUUGAUUUAGUGGAUAUUCUCAAGAGUCGGUAAAGCAUCACAACAUGUGGCUAAACUGAUUUUGUGCAAGUAGAAUAAAUCGCAUGUGACAUUGAA